AUGGGGACCCCUUGGAACUGGGCACUCCAGAACCCGGAACCCCUGUACCGGGACGCCCAGAACUGGGCAUCCAUGUACCAGAUAACCUUGUACCGGGCACCUCGUGCCAGGGCCGGGCACCGGCAGCAGCACCCGCUGGGCACUGAGGUGCACAGGACCCGGCACAGGACCCGGCACAGCACCCAGCACAGCACCCAGUACAGGACCCGGCACAGGACCCGGCACAGGACCCGGCACAGGACUCAACACAGGACCCGGCACAGGACUCAGCACAGGACCCGGCACAGGACUCAGCACAGGACCCGGCACAGCACCCAGUACAGGACCCGGCACAGGACCCGGCACAGGACCCAGAACAGGACCCAGCACAGGACCCGGCACAGGACCCGGCACAGGACCCGGCACAGGACCCGGCACAGGACCCAGAACAGGACCCAGCACAGGACCCGGCACAGGACUCAGUACAGGACCCAGCACAGGACCCGGCACAGGACCCAGCACAGGACCCAGCACAGGACCCAGAACAGGACCCAGCACAGGACCCGGCACAGGACCCACCAGCAUGUGGAUGCACAGGACCCACCGGGCUGGCACCGGCACUGGACACGCUGUGGGGUGAGCAGGGCACGGCUGCCCACUGCGGGGCUGGGGUGGGGGCACUGCAGGGAACCCCGAGGUCCUACAGGUGCUGGAGGGUGGCUGAGCCCCAGAGCCCCUGGCAGCUGUGGGUGGGUGCAGCGCAGCAGGGCCAGGGGUCCAGAAGGGGGAUGGGGUGACACUAGGUCCCUCUGUGCCCCCAGCAGCACUGCCAUUCCUCAGAGGUGGACCCUUGACCCUGCCGGGGACUGGCACUACUGGUGGAUCAGCCUCAUGGUGCUGCCCAUCCUCUACAACUGGGUCGUCCUCAUCCUCAGGUGCUGCUUCCCCGAGGUGCAGGAGGCACAUGUGGGGCUGUGGCGGGGCCUGGACGGGCUCAGUGAUGCGCUGUACCUGCUGGACAUUGCCGUGCGCCUCCACACAGGUUUUCUGGAGGAUGGGAUCCUGGUGCAGGACAUCAGCCGGACGCGGCGGCGCUACCUGUGCUCCUGGGCCUUCCCCUGGGACGUGGCAGCUGUGCUGCCCACCGAGCUGCUCUGCCUGCUCCCAGGGGUCCCGGGGGUCCCAGGGGUGCCGGCAGCACGUGCCAACCGCUGCCUGCGGGCGCCACGGCUCUUCGAGGCCUUCGACCGGUGUGAGACACGCACGGGGUGGCCCAACACCUUCCGUGUGGCCAAGCUGAUGAUGUACCUGGUGCUGGGCAUCCACUGGCACGGCUGCCUCUACUUCGCGCUAUCGGCGCGGCUGGGGCCGGGCACCGACCCCUGGGUGUGCCCCGCCUUCGCGCGCCCGCUGCGCCGAUACCUGCACAGCUUCUACUUCUCCACGCUGGUCCUGGCCAUGGUGGGCGACACGCCGGCGCCGCAGCGCGAGGAGGAGUUCCUCUUCACCACUGCCGGUUUCCUGCUGGCUGUGCUGGGCUUCGCCACCAUCACCGGCAGCAUCAGCGCCGUCAUCGCCAACCUCAGCGCGGCCGACGCCGCCUUCUACCCCGACGCGGGGCCGGUGCGGCGGUACCUGCGGGCGCGGGGCGUGGGCGGGCGGCUGGCGAGGCGCGUGGCGCGCUGGCACCAGCACCUGCGCGUGCAGCGCAAGCUGCCGGCGGAGCGGGCGGUGCUGCAGCACCUGCCGCGGGGGCUGCGGGCCGAGGUGGCGGCCGGCGUGCACCUGCCGGCCCUGCGGCGCGUGGGGCUGUUCCGCGGCUGCGGGCACGAGGUGCUGCGCCAGCUGGUGCUGCGCCUGCGCCCGCAGGUCUUCGGCCCCGGCGAGUUCGUGUGCCGGCGCGGCGACGUGGGCCGCGAGAUGUACUUCGUCCGCGAGGGCCGGCUGGCCGUGGUGGCCGAGGACGGCGUCACGCAGCUGGCCGUGCUGGGCGAGGGGCUCUACUUCGGGGAGAUCAGCCUCAUCAACAUCAAGGGUGAGCCCCACACCUCACACCGACGCCGGCCCACGGCCCCCCUGGCUCAUGGCCCCCAUCCUGCAGGGAACACGGCGGGGAACAGGCGCACGGCCAACAUCCUGAGCAUCGGCUACUCGGACCUGUUCUGCCUGGGCAAGGAGGACCUGGCCGAGGUGCUGGCCGAGUUCCCCCACGCCCGUGCCGCCAUGGAGGCCAAGGGCCGGGAGCUGCUGCUGGGCAUGGGGCGGCUGGACACGGGUGCUGAGGCGGCAGCGGCGGCAGCCGAGGCCGAGGCUGAGCGGCGGCUGUGGGGGCUGGAGGUGGCCCUGGAGGGGCUGCAGACACGGGCGGCUCGGCUGCUGGCACAGCUGGAGGCCGGCGCCCUGCGCAUGGCCCUGCGCAUCCAGCGCCUCGAGGGGCAGCUGCACCUGAGGCAGCAGCAGGACGAGGCAGCGGGGAUGGCUGGGGCAGCAGGAAUGGCCACACCGCAGUGGCCAGCCAGGACACGGGGUCCUGCUGUAGGACAGGGGCCCCCCAGGACAUGGGGUCCUGCUGUAGGACAGGGGCCCCCCCGGACACGGGGUCCAACCGAGACGCAGGGUCCCCUCAGGGCCUGUGAUCCUGUCGGUGACUGGGAUCCCUUCAAGGUGCAGGUUGCCCCUAAGGCACAGGGUCCUGUCCAGGGACCAAGUCCUGCUGGAGGACGGGGUCCCACUGGGGUGCAGGGUCCCUCCAAGGCACAGAGUUUUCUUGGGGAUCAGGGUCUGCCCAGGGCACAGGGUCCCCCAAUGGCAGAGGGUACCCCAAUAGCACAGGGUCGCAGUGGCACACAAGGUCCCCCCAGGUCACAGGGUACUCCCACGGUGUGGGGUCCCCUCAGGACACAGGGUCCUCCCAGGACACAGGGUUCCACUGGGGCACAGGGUCCCAGUGGGGUGCAGGGGCACAGGGGGGCACAGGCUCCCCGCAGGGCACAGGUUCCCCCCGGGGGCCGGGUUCCCCCUAAAGCACAGGGUCCUUCCAUAGCACAGGGACACCCUGGGGAAGGGGGUCCCCAUAGGAUGCAGGGUACCCCCAUGGCACAGGGUCCCUCUUGGUCACGGGGUUCCAGGCGAGUGCAGGAACUCCCCGGGGCUCGAGGUCCUGCGAGGGGUCGGGGUGCAGGGGGACCAGUCCCGCGGCGCUGA